AGAUAGGGUUUUAAUGGGAAAGAGAUGUGGUCUGGGUGUGUCCACAAUGCGUUUUCUGUCCUUCAAAUGGCAAAGAGACAAUUGAAAUGAAUUGAAAAAUAGAAAAAGUAAAAAAAGAAAAAAAGAAAAAAAAAAAAAAAAAAAAGAAGCUUUUUGGGAAAACAAUAUUCAUUCUGGGGUCGGGUUUUGAUUGCCAUUCGAAGAAUGUCUGCCACAUCUACAGCCAUAGCAGAGUUGCAGAGCUCUGAAAUGCUGUCCAGAGAACAGUUGCUCCAUCUUUUCAGUCGCUUUGCUUUCCUCACCUCUCAACCUGACGUGAAGAAAAGAAUUGCUGAUGCUGUUCAGGACAAGCAGGAAGCUGUAGCUGUAACCACUGCCAUCCAGGAAGAGAUAUUUUUAGAAAUGGGAAUUGAUCCUAGUUUUGGUCUAUCCUGCCUCGGAAAGGUGAACACGGCUUAUGAGAAUGACCAGGAAGUGAUGAUUCAUUUCUAUAAUUUUGUUGCAAAGGAAGAGGUGGCCUGUGAUGAAGCCGAACUUGAACCAGAUGAAUUUGCUGAAAGAAUGUGUAGUCAAGAAAAACUACAGGAGCAGCAACUUGAGAUGCUAAAGUAUAUGCGCAAGUUUGCCCUGGAUGAUCAAUCUACAAUCCUAGAGAAGUUGCGUCACCAAUUGGAAAAUUCCAACUUUGACAGCAGGGUUUCAGUUUUGACAUCCAAUCAGAUUCAGGAGAUUGUACAACGAAGGGUGUCACCUAUUUUCAGGCCAGGGUAGAUUGAGAUUUUAGGUGUUCAUUGCUGGGAUGUCGUCUGUCUUUCACAAUGCAAAAUCUUUUCACGUUUUCUAUGCAAUCUCUCGUCUUAACAUGCUGAACAAAAUUUAACCUUUGUAUGAAUUUUCGACGCAUUUAUUGUUACUAUUUCUAUUCCUUUAAAUUUCAGUUAGAAUUUGUUGGAAGGGCAUUGAA